ACUCCCACCAAUCAGGUCAUGGGGAGCCCAGCAGCCUCCGACGCCCCCACCCGCCCACUCCCACACGAACGUGUGGGGACAAACAGCGGGCAGACAUGUGACUCGGCCCAUGGGACCGCAAAGCCAGGCCCGUCAGUCUGGGGCAGGACUCGUGUGUCCAGGUCGAGCGGAGGGGACAAGAAGCAGGCUUUGGCCCCAGUGUGUGUCCCCGGUCUUUUGCCGGGGCGCUGUCUGCAGACUCACUGCAGAGCGCAGGCCUCGGGGAGGGAGCGCUCAGGGGGCUGGGCCCUGAUUCUCGGGACAGCCCCCUUCAGUCCCCACCCAGCUAGGGACGGUGGGUUAAUAAGCACUUAGACCCAGGACCCCUGCCUGAGAAGAGGGGGGGGGCACCGAUCACCCCUGAGUCAGGGACAGGGCCACACUUGGGCCUGGUGAGUUCCAGGAGGCUGGCCCCAGCCUAUUGGCCUCUCUUGCAUCUCCUCCCUGGCUCCAGCACUAUCCCCGUUUAUUUCGCAGCUUUUCUCCAGAAAGGGUUGAUUUCUGCGAAGGGAGUGUGGCGUCCAGGAGAAUCUGCAGGUAGGACACAUCCUAGAUACCUCUAAGUGGCCACACCCAGAGAGAGCCCACCUCUUGUCCCCACAGUCCAGGUGGAGGCCGCAGAGGGCCCAGGGCAAGCAGGGGCAGCAAUGGUGGGUCCUGACGGUGGCUGAGCCCCCAGCCCCUGGAAUAUGCAGCCCGGGGGAGCCCCAGGCAGCGGCGAGGACACGGUGGCGGAGCGGGGCGGGAGGCAUGGUCUCCACCUACCGGGUGGCCGUGCUGGGGGCGCGAGGCGUGGGCAAGAGUGCCAUCGUGCGCCAGUUCCUGUACAACGAGUUCAGCGAGGCCUGUGUGCCCACCACUGCCCGCCGCCUCUACCUGCCUGCCGUCGUCAUGAAUGGCCACGUGCACGACCUCCAGAUCCUCGACUUCCCACCCAUCAGCACCUUCCCGGUCAACACGCUGCAGGAACCACGCAUCUAACUCAGAGUCCAGGGAAGACAAGCAGGCUGUGCUUCCAUAGGACAGAGUGGGCAGAUGCCUGUUGCAGAGGACUCCGGAGCGUCCACGCCUACAUCCUGGUCUACGACAUCUGCUGCUUUGACAGCUUUGAGUACGUCAAGACCAUCCGCCAGCAGAUCCUAGAGACGAGGGUGAUCGGCACCUCAGAGACGCCCAUCAUCAUCGUGGGCAACAAGCGGGACCUGCAGCGCGGGCGCGUGAUCCCGCGCUGGAACGUGUCACACCUGGUGCGCAAGACCUGGAAGUGCGGCUACGUGGAGUGCUCGGCCAAGUACAACUGGCACAUCCUGCUGCUCUUCAGCGAGCUGCUCAAGAGCGUCGGCUGCGCCCGCUGCAAGCACGUGCACGCCGCCCUGCGCUUCCAGGGCGCGCUGCGCCGCAACCGCUGCGCCAUCAUGUGACGCCGCGCCGCCCCGGGGACU